ACUGAACUCGCGCAUGCGCACUACCCAGGUCCGAGUGGCCGAUACAAGAUGGCGGAGUCGGUGGGGAGGGAGAGGCGGAGGCGGGUCCGGAUCGAAUAGAGCAAAGCCUAUACAGGACUCCUAGAAAAUCUCUCUCAGACAGGACAAAUGAGGAGCUAUGACGAGUGAAAACCAUAGUACCAUAAAGGGAGACUCGGGCAUGAUCAUGUCCCCAACUGGAUCCUCAGCCCAAGCACCACCCCUCACACCCUCCACCAGCAAAGCCAUCCAGGACCUGCCAGAUGAGCUGGUUCAGGCUGGAUGGGCAAAAUGCUGGAGCAAGAGGGAGAAUCGGCCAUAUUAUUUUAACCGGUUUACCAACCAGUCAUUGUGGGAGAUGCCGGUCCUGGGGCAGCAUGAUGUCAUCUCUGAUCCACUUGGCCUCAACGCUGCUCCUGCCUCCGGUGAUGGCACAGGGGACCCUGGGCUGGGCAACGGGCAACGGAAGAGACGCCCCUCAGAGGAUACCUCCUCAGGGGGCCCUAACAGCUUCAAGAGGCCGAAGGUUGAGAUUCCUGUAACUCCAACAACCCCUACAAUCCCGAUAUCACCAAGCACCCCUGGCGCAAAGCCCUGGAACUCCACCUUAGACGAAAAACAAGCCCAGCCUAGCACCCCUGCUCCUGCUCCAGCCCCAUACCGGCCUUCUGUAAUCUACUGGGAUCUGGACGUUCAGACCAAUGCAGUAAUUAAAGAGCGGGCUCCAUUCAACUACCUCCCUCCUCACCCGGAGAUUGAGCUACAGCGUGCCCAGCUCACCACCAAACUCCGCCAGCACUACCAUGAGCUGUGUUACCAGCGUGAAGGGAUAGAGCCGCCGCGAGAGUCAUUCAACCGCUGGCUGUUGGAGAGGAAGGUGAUGGAUAAAGGAGUGGAUCCUCUGCUGCCCAGCGAGUGUGAGCCCGUCAUCUCACCCUCCAUGUUCAGAGAGGUCAUGAACGACAUCCCCAUCAGACUCUCACGCAUUAAAUACAAGGAAGAGGCCAGGAAGCUGUUAUUCAAGUAUGCAGAAGCAGCCAAGAAAAUGAUAGAUUCCAGAAACGCCACACCCGACAGUAGAAAAGUUGUAAAGUGGAACGUUGAAGAUACAAUGAACUGGCUCAGGAGAGACCACUCUGCCAGUAAAGAAGACUACAUGGAUCGUCUGGAGCACUUGCGGAAGCAGUGUGGUCCUCACGUGACAGCCGUAGCCAAGGACUCAGUGGAGGGGAUUUGCACUAAAAUCUACCACAUCUCAGCCGAGUAUGUGCGCAGGAUCCGACAGACCCACCUCAACCUGCUGAAAGAGUGUAACAUCACGGUGGACGGGGCAGAGACCGCAGAAGUGCAGGACCGCUUGGUUUAUUGCUAUCCAGUUCGACUGUCCAUUCCAUCGCCACCCCAGCCCCGUGUUGAGCUCCACUUUGAGAAUGAUAUCGCCUGUCUGCGCUACAAAGGAGAAAUGGUGAAAGUCAACCGUGGCCACUUCAAUAAACUGGAGCUGCUUUAUCGGUACAGCUGUAUCGAUGAUCCAAGGUUUGAGAAGUUUCUGUCGCGUGUGUGGUGCCUUGUAAAGAGAUACCAGGUGAUGUUUGGAUCUGGUGUGAAUGAAGGCAGUGGUCUACAGGGAGCUCUUCCCGUGCCAGUAUUUGAGGCUCUCAACAAACAGUUUGGAGUCACUUUCGAGUGCUUUGCCUCACCGCUCAACUGCUACUUCAAGCAGUUCUGCUCAGCCUUUCCUGACAUCGACGGCUUCUUCGGCUCUCGAGGGCCAUUUCUAAGCUUUUCACCUGUCAGUGGAUCAUUUGAAGCUAAUCCUCCAUUCUGUGAGGAGUUCAUGGAUGCCAUGGUCACACACUUUGAAGAGCUUCUAGAGAACUCUAGCGAGCCUCUGUCUUUCAUUAUCUUUGUUCCUGAAUGGCGCGACCCCCCGACCCCAGCACUGACACGGAUGGAGACAAGUCGCUUCCGCAGGCACCAGAUGUCGGUGCCAGCCUUUGAGCACGAAUAUCGUAGUGGCUCUCAGCAUAUCUGCAAAAGAGAGGACAUGUACUACAAAGCCAUCCACGGAACAGCAGUCAUCUUCCUGCAGAACAACGCCGGUUUUGCUAAAUGGGAGCCAACUAGCGAGAGGAUUCAAGAGCUACUGGCUGCGUAUAAGACCUCGGGACGUUCACUGUCCUCUCCUGGACCUUCUUCCUCUUCUUCCACCAGUAGUGGAGACAGAGACUCUAAACCGAGCUAUGAGCGCUCAGCGAGCCUGGAAGCCCCCGGAGGCCGUGAAAGUAGCAGCCCUGCACCCGAAACAGCAAACGUUUAAGUGUGUGUGUGUGUGUGUGUGUGUGUGUGUGUGUGUGUGUGUGUGUGUGUGUGUGUGUGUGUGUGUGUGUGUGUGUGUGUGUGGAGAGAGAGAGAGAGAGAGAGAGAGAGAGAGAGAGAGAGGGAGCGCGACUGGCUGCAUGUUAAGUCAGUUCAUGAGAGAGAAUGAGGAGAGCGUUAAAGAGAAAAUGUUCAUUUACUUUUCUCAGUCUCUAAUAUUUAAAGAAAUAUUAUGGGUUUUAUUAUUAAUGUUGUCAUAGUUGUUAAGGUUUUUGUUUCGUUUUGUUUUUUUACGGAUGAUGUGAUUAUUUGGUCACUAAUUACGUUUUGCUGUUGCUGUUGUCAUUUGAGACGUGGUAAUGCUACUCGGGUCCUGUUUUAUUUUGGCCUUUUUUUUAACUCUGUGCUUUGUUCCUUGGCAGAGUUGUCUUUCUGUCAGGUUGAGAAGUGGACAAAAUGGAUGAUAGUGUCUCUGUUGUGCUCUUCUUCUUCUUCAAAUCAUUUUUUUUCCCUAAUUCUAUGCCAACAGAAGGGUGAUGAAUCCAUUAGCAGGAAGCUAUGUUUUAUAAGCCCCCUAACAUGUGCGUAACUUGUGCAUACAGAUUCGCUGUGCCAGUUUAUUUAGCGCUGGAGAGACUCCUUGAAGUUACCCAUGCCAGCCUUAGUGGUCCCUCUUCUGGAACAGAGCACUGACGAGGACAAAAAACUCACCUGUGAGUUUGUUCAAAGUGGUUCCUUUUAGGGUGGGGUUCAGGAUGCAAAGGAGUUAAACAGACACCUGUCAGAUGCCAAGAAAUUGGUUUCAGUGUGCUUUAGCUCCACUUUUCAUGUACUCCUUGAAAAUUGUGCACAGAGGACAAAGAUGAAUCCAGUUGACUUUGCUUACUCGUCUGCAGUUAUGUUACUCUUUCAGGUGUACAGGACGUGCUUUCGGAAAGGUUUGGUAGCAUCGACUGUGCUGAACACGAUUUGUCUGAGUGGAUAAUAUAACUUUCAUCCUUUAUUCACUCAUUUUACUUAAUGUAUGUCUCAGUAACGAUUUCCAGAGAAAGCAAUAGGUGAACCUAAAAGCUUACACGUGACGUGUAUAUGUGAUAUUGCAUUUCGGCAAUACUAACUGUCCAUCCAUCCUUCCUAUAGAAUCCAUCCUACUGUCUUAAUUUGAGCCUUAGAAAUAAUUUUACUAAAUGCCUUGGUUUAUUUUUCUUUCUGUGAAGUUACAAAUAUGUUUGUAAUGGUGUGUUUACUCCAGAACGAGAUUAAACCUGAUCACUGGGCAGCAUAAUGAAUGUAAAUUAACAAAAAGAAAAAAAAAAAAGGGGUCAAAGACUUGAUCCUAAGUUUUCUCUCUAGUUCUGGGAGUAGAGCAAGGAUCGGAUCAAAUCUUCUCUAUUCCCAACAUUCUUGUUCAAUUUGUUGAAAUCGGCUUUCUUGCAAUUAGAAACGUAGUUGAAUCGAUAAGCAUCCUUAGAUCUGGUCUCUUACUUUCUGUUGUAUUUUUUUUUUCACCUCUCUGUGUAUAUACCCGUCUUCUUUUUUUAAAGUAUGAAUUGUAAUCGAUUCAAGCGUUACGCUUGAGGGACGGCUCAUGCACUCUCGCCAUUAUAGCAGUAAACAGUUUUGGCAGCUUGCUGAUCAUUGCUAACAUCCGACUCCCCCGAAGGUAGUAUCUCACCUUUUAUGAAGUCUUUAUCUGGCUUUCUCAUUCCUGGGGUGUUUCCCAUCACCAGCAAAACUGUAGAUAUUGUACAGAAAAGCAUUAUGAAGUAUGUUUUUUGUUUGUUUGUUGUUUUUUUUCUGCCACAGUUGUAGUGAGCUCUUUUGACAAAAAAAAGAAAAAAGUAUUCUACAUGUCUUUCGCCCCAUGCUUUUUAUUUCUUUUAAUUAAACAAAUUUGUUUAUGAAUUAUACAAUUUAUUAAAUAGAAGUCAUUUUAAACUAAACCAAAGUGAUACCUGAGAAAGAGGAGAAAUCUAUCUUGUAUGUAAUAGUAGAACUGUGUAUGAACAGUACUGCAUAGUGUAACCAGCAAAAAUGAUUUGUUAUUUUUAUAUUUCAAUGUUGUAUGUGUUCUGUUUAGGUUCUUUUGCUUGAUCCCAUUUGUCACAAUCACAAAAGAGAGAAUUAAAUGUAUAGUGCUCAUA